AUGCAGCUCAGCCCGACCUCCAGCAGCAAGUCUGCAGGCUCCAGAGUCAUUCUGACGAGCACCACUGAGCUGGCUGAUUUGAAGAGGGUGCUGUCCUUCCCCCCAUACCCCGGGGACUACCUGCACCCGGUGGUGUACGCCUGCACUGCAGUCAUGCUGCUCUGCCUGCUGGUCUCCAUCAUGACCUAUAUCGUCCACCACAGCGUGAUCCGCAUCAGCAGGAAUGGCUGGCACACACUCCUCAACUUCCUCUUUCAUACGGGGCUGACAUUUGGAGUUUUUGCCGGGGGCAUCAAUCAGAUCAACUUACCUUUUGUGUGUCAAAUCGUUGGCAUUGUACUCCACUAUGCUUCUUUGUCCACCAUGCUGUGGCUGACAUUUACUGCUAGGAACAUCUGUAAAGAUGUGUCCAAAGACCCGCUCCGGGCCCACAAAAGGACCAGGUCAGCCCAGACUCGCACCAAACCAACUAUCCUGAGAUUUUAUCUUGUAAGUGAUGGAAUCCCUCUCAUAAUUGUUGGAGUUACUGCAGCAUUUGGUAUGGACAACUAUGGCAGUCGGGAUGACGCUUUGUAUUGCUGGAUGGCAUGGGAACCAAGCUUGGGGGGUUUCUAUGCCCCUGUGAGUUUCCUGGUCUUAGUGGUGUGUGUGUAUUUACUGUGCUCAUACAUCCAGCUCAAACGGCACCCAGAGAAGAAGUAUGAGCUGCGCCUGCUGAGUGAGGAGCAGCAGCAGCUAUCCUCCAGCGAGUCAAACCACCACUGCCACACCGACACUGGGGGGGUCUCUGCGGGGGAUUGUCCACCAUUUGCAACAGGCGUGUCGGUGUUGGCCAAUGAGCACUCGUUUAAAUCUCAGCUGCGGGCCACAGCCUUCACCCUCUUCCUGUUCCUGUCCACCUGGGCUUUAGGAGCGUUAGCAGUAUCACUUGGACAUUUUCUGGAUAUGAUAUUCAGCUGUCUGUAUGGGGCUUUUUGUGUCACUCUGGGACUCUUCCUUCUAAUUCAGCACUGUGCUAAACGUGAUGAUGUGUGGCACCGCUGGUGGGCAUGUUGCCCGUCCAAGUCUGAGGACAGGAAUGGGGACAUACAGAACCAGAGGCAGGAGCUCCAUCAGCCUCACUGCCACCUGAGCUCCCCAUGCUCCGGCAAGCAGCCUCUACUCUCUCCUUAUAUUGUGCCCAGUUCCUACCACACACCACCUUCACAUAGUCCCCCAACCAAUCACACGGGUCCGUGCUGCGUGGCUGUCAUGAGUCCUGUUACUGCCCCCCUCUCACCUCUCCCUGAGCAGUUGCCCUCCCCUCAUCCACAAACGCUCUCUGGGGAGCUCCCCCGCCCCACCCUGCCUCUUCAGAGCUGCCUUAACGACAGGACAAAAUCCCGCUCCUUCAACCGUCCACGUCUAUGCCUUCAAGACUACCGCUCCCACCUGACUUCCACCAGCAUGGAUGGGAGUGUGCACAGCCCCCACCUGGACAGCCCUCACGCACCACACCACCUCGCUGGAUCGCCAUUGAUUUGCCAAAGCCCCCACCCAGACCUGCAGCUGCCCUGCCCCAGCCCUCUCUUGGAUAAGCAGCUGGCUUCCUGCCAAAGCUUGUUACGCCAAAACUCCUGCCACAGCGUACAAGACUCAAUAGCUUCCUGUCACAGCCAUGCACACAACAUGCAUGACAGCAUUACUUCCUGUCACAGCCUCCUCAUGCCUUCUCACGGGGUGCACACCUGCCAGUGGCACAUGUACAGCUCAGCGGAUCACUCUUCUACUACAAGCUGCUGUGAGAAGCCUGAUCCCUUCACCUUACAAUAUCAGCAAGACCCCGACACAUACAGCAGUGUGUCAAAGACAAGAGAUAAAGAAAAGGAUAAUCUCUGCGUAGAGGAACAGGGUUUCCCAAGAAACACUCUGCCUCGGCAAGGCACUAUGGGCCGGCGAGGAACCAUCGGCAGGAACAGGAGCCUGCAGGAAGAAGGACUGUUUGGGUCGGACGGAACAGGCACCAUACGGACUGGCCCUUGGAAGAAUGAAACCACUGUAUAGUCUUCUUAUACUUGUAUCUGUACUCACUUGCAAGACCUUGUUCCAGCUGCCCUGUAAUUGAAUUACUCCUUAAGUGUUUGGUUCUCAAUGCCUUCAGCUGACCCCUUUUCUCAGUGAGGCCUCGUAUCCUGAUAUUUUACCAACCUUUAUGACAAAGUUAUCUUUAAUUUUACAAGGGAUAAGAUAAACACAAAAAAGGUUGGAAUAAUUGUUUAAUUAUUAUUCUGCUCCAUUUAAAAUUGCAAUCAGCUUUUGGGACUUUUUGGGGCUUUGGGACCCAGUGGCUCUGUAGUUAGCAAGUUCACAGCAAGAAGGCCCCGAGUUUGAACCCCAUACACAUUUGGUUGGCGUUUUUAAUGUUUGUGUCAGUUGAUCCACAUUCCUCAUACAUCCACAAAUGCAAAUUGGAUUCAAAAAUGAAUUUUCUAAACUAAGAUACUUGAUCCAGAACCAACUCGAGGACAGUCAGACCCAAGCAGAGUAGACCCAAAGGUUGCGUUGACCUCUUAAACCUAACGAAUAUGAAAGUUGAUCUUGCUCAUAAAUGCUAUGUUGACCGGCAGUCAUUAACAAACAAGUGCUGUUGGUUCAACUAUAUUGAGAUUUAAAAUAAGUGACAAGUAAGGAGCGAUAAAAGGUUGUCAAAAAAUACAUCCACAAUGCAGCAAAAUAUUGGCUAAACUCUUAAAAAGGACUAAGUACGGGUUGAGAUAAAAUACAUCAUAGCUGGAUGUAAACUCUCGGCUUGUUUGUUAACACAGGGACACAUUCACCUAGAAUGAAUUGAGGCUGCUGAUAGCAUCAUGAAUUGCACAUCAUUUUCAAUUGCUGUCUCCAGGUCAGAUUCGCAAAAAAAACACCCAUACAGUUUUGCAGCUCUGUGCAAUUUGCUCACUUUCUUGCACCUGAUCGCACUUAUCCAUGUAACAAAGUAUAAAUGUUGCCUUUUCUCCUAGAACACGGUAGGCAGAACAAUGGCAGAACAAAAAUAAAAAAGUACUCUCAGGCUUCUAUCUUCUUGUCCCAACUGACAAGGCUUUCCUUGUAACUUCAGGAAAGGAAUUUAAACGUGACAGAGAUAAAUAAUAUUUUGUUUGUAAUUUUCUAUUAUGAUUUAAAAAAUACAGUAAUAUUCUUUAGACAUACUUAACACUCACAAACUCAUCAACCAGAACGGAAAGCUGCUGUGUUCACUGCGGUUUUGGAGAAACUACCUUACUAUGCUGACAGAUUUGAAAUAGUUUCAUCAGCCAUUGAGGAGGAUUAACUAUAAUGAACAUAAACAUCUGCAACCCCCCGCUAAUAUACAGUGUUAUGCAAACAUUCAGUCAAAUGUCACUGAUUGCACCUUUAAAUACUUGUAUUGAUAGUUUUGAAGACAUUUUAAAUGUGAGUGGUUACACAUGUGAAAAUACUUUUGAGUCAGUGUGAGCAUGUGUGUGUUUUUAUGUGUGCAACAGUGCAUGAACAGAUACAUACAACUGUGGUGUGGUUUUGUGCUAUAUGUAUUUAUUAUUAUGGAACCACCCUUGAAGAAUUUUAAAUUAAUUAAUAAUGAUAAAGAUGAAUACAUGAAGCCUAUGAAGAUUUCUAUGGAGAUACUUUACGUAUGCUGCCAAACAGAGUCAACUAGACUCUUAUCUGACAAAUGUUGCACUAGUAUGUACAAUAGUAAUUCACCCGGUGAGAUAAUAAUUCCAAAAAUACUGCAAUGUGCUACAAAGCACAAACUUUUUAUAGUGCCAAAAUGAUAUGCCAGAUUUCACUGUGAUGAGAAAAUACACAUUACUCAUUUUCAAUGAGUGUUGAGAGGUCAUACAGUUUGUAGCAUCAUACAAACUUGAACUCAGGUUUCAGAAGAUCAUCAGCAGCCAUAAGUUAUUCCAGAAACUUCCAUGCUUCCUCCAGAGAGGUUUUAGCGCUUUACCCGUCAUUAACAGCGUAGCUAGGCUCAGUUUCUGUUCUCACACAGUGACUGACCUAAGUUACUUUGGAAAUCUAGCCUUCCAGACUAGCCUAGUUCAGGUAAGGCUAAUUUUCAGGCCCACCUCAGCCUGAAAAAUCUGUGAGAUGAUGGCUGUGUGUAGAGCUUUAUGGAGCUAGGUAGCAUUAGCUUAGCCUAGCAUACAUUUGUAGCAUGUGACUUACCCUUAAAACACAUACAAAUUAGACAAACCAGAUAAAGUGUGUUAAGUAUUGACCUUAGAGGUGCUGGAAGGUGUGUUUUUGGACUUUGGACAGAACAAGGCUAACUGUUAGCGCCUGCUCUCCUGCUUUUUGCUAAGCUAAGCUAAUCACCCACCGGCUCCACACUUAAAGGCACAGACAUGAGUUACGAUAUUCUUCUUAUUGGUUUUCAGAUAUAAAGUUAUGUUCAUAAAAAAAAAGAAUAAAUCCUGAUGCUGUUAGUGUGAGGUCAUUACUAAUAAUGAUGAUAUAAUCUUAAUUAUUAACUUUUUCUAUAGUUUUUAACCCCAUAUUAUGACCUUCACUAACAAAUUCAUUUUUUAAACUGAGCUCAUUAAUUUAUUUUUUAGAGUAAUUAUUAUCAGAGAUACACAUUUAUCUUUUUAUGCUCAGUGAAAUGUAUAUCUGUGAUAAUGUUGUUUCUGCAAAUAUAAUUUCUCUUUUAACAGGGUUGCCAACUCUCACGCAUCUGGCGUGUGACACACGCUUUCACUCUCAAUCUCACGCUCUCACGCUGCCCAAACUAUUCUCACGCCAAAAACAAGAUGAACCGGCGAUCGUUUUUGGUUGGUUAUUUACAAUGUUGAGUUGACAGCUGCUCAAGCUGUCGAUCCGCUCCCUCCCCACCCCCACCACUCUUAACAACGUUAACAGACAGCAGAG